GCGGGGUGCCCCGGGCCGCGGCUCUGCCCGGGAACAGCCGAGUCACGGCCGGGGCUCCCCGCUAUUGGCCCGGCCCCGGGGCUGCCGUCCCCCUUCCCCCCGGCACACGGGCUUCCCCCCGCGGCGCCCGCAGCCGCCCCUCGCCCGGCGCCGCUGCCCUCGCUGCCCGCAGCCCGGAGCGGCGAUGGCCGGAGGACGGCGCGUCCCGCUGGCGCUGCUGGCUGUGCUGGCGCUGCAGGGCGCGGGCGCCGUCAGAGUGGGGAAUGUGCUUACCCAGGCUGAAUUCUACCAGCGGGAUGAGAAUCUGCAGCAGGAGGCAGCCGAGCUCUUGUUUGAUUUCGAUGGGGACUGUUCCACGUGGACCUGCAGAAGGCUGAGACCGUCUGGCAGCUGCCCGAGCUGCGGGAAUUCUUCGCCUUCGGGGCACCGGGAGCAAUGCUGGACUUGGCAAUGGGAAAAGACAACACGGAGUUCACGAUGGUGGAAUCCAACCGCUCCCGUCGGUGACUGUGGGCACAGCCCGGCCGGUGCCAUCCCUGAAUCAGAGUCACAAGGGCUGGAAGGGACCUCCAAAGCUCAUCCAGUGCAACCCCCUGCCAGAGCAGGACCCCCUAGAGCAGGGCACACAGGGACUCAUCCAGCUGGGUUUGGGAUGUCCCCAGAGAAGGAGCCUCCACAGCCCAUCUGGGCAGCCCCUUCCCGUGCUCCCUCACCUCAACAGGGAACAAACUCCUCCUCAUAUUGCUUUGGAACCUCUGAUGUUCCAGCUUGUCCCCGUUGCCCCUUGUCCUGUCACUGCCCAUCCCUGAGCACAGCCUGGCUCCAGCCUCCUCACACCCACCCUUGAUGGGUUUGGAACAUGACUGAGCUCACCCCUCAGGCUCCUCCAAGCUGCAGAGCCCCAGCUCCCUCAGCCUUUCCUCACAAGGGACAUGCUCCACUCCAGCCUCUCUGUGCUGAGCUCUCUGCAGCAGCUCCCUGUCCUGGAACUGAGGGGCACAGACCUGGACACAAUAUCCCAUGUGAUGUGGUCUCACGAGGGCAGAGCAGAGGAGGAGCAGAACCUCUCUGACUACUGCUCACAGCCCUUCUAACCCACGCCAGGAUGCCAUUGGCCUUCUUGGCCACGAGGGCACGUUGCAGGCUCAGGCUCAUCCUGCUGCCCACCAGCACCCCCUACACGACUCUGAGUUCAUUCCCCAGCCUCUACUGGUCCAUGGGGUUGUUCUUUCCCAGUUUCAACACUCUGCAGCUGCCCUUGUUGCAUGUCAUCAGGUGUCUCCCUGCCCACCCCUCCAGCCUGUCCAGCUCUCAUUGAAAGGCAGCACAGCCUCUGGGGUGCCAGCCACUGCCCCCAGCUCAGUACCAGCAGCAGACCUGCUGACAGUGCCUCUGUUCCCUCAGCAAGGUCACUAAUGAACAGCACCGGUGCCAGCACCGACCCCUGAGGGGCUCCACUAUACAGAGGCCUCCAACUACACCCUGUCCCAUGGAUCACCAGUCUCUGCCUUCUGCCCUUCAACCCACCUCGCUGCCUGAUCAACCAGCCCACCCCUGGAUCACCCAGGUGGAUCAUCCCCCCUGGGGCCGCUGCCAGGCGCUGCCGUGGGGUGCACAGUGCCCUGCUCACCCCGGCACAGCCCCAGGCUCUGUGGGGUGUCCUCAUCACCAAGGCCAUGAAGAUGAGCCAGUGUGGCGUCCUGUGAGGGGGCACAGCCCCGGGAGCCCCCCCAGCCAUCGCCCUCAGCUCCGUGCCCCCCGUCCCAGCCACGCUCCCUGCCCCCCAUGUGUGCCCCCCAUCCCAGCCCUGCACUGCCCGGCCCUGCCCUGAGCCCCCCGACCCCACUCCAGCCCCCCACCACCCCCUGGCUGUGCCCACGGGCUCCCCGCUGACCGGGGCUCUGGCUUCACGGGCUCUGGGGUCCUUCUGAGCUGCA